UCUCAGAACAGACCACCUUCAGAAUGCUGCCAAAGAAAAAAAACUUUCCUAAAAAAACAUGUCCCAGAAAACUAAGGGUGGGGUUUGCAAUGACUCCACCUCUAACGCCAGGUAAGCAGUGUCAGACCGUGGAAAGAGGAAAAGGAAGUAAAUGAAGCGUAGCUGUGGUCAAAUACUCCCCUAAAAAAAUACAGGUAUAAUGGGGCAAAACCAGAGGCAGUGUGUACUCCUCCUCCUGGCUUUCUUUGGUUUCUUGAGCAAGAGCUCUGGAUUUAGAAUAUGUUCAUACAACGUGCAAGAUUUCAACGUCUCCAAAUUAUCUGACCCAAGAGUCCUUCAUCUUCUGACAAAGGUUUUGUCACGCUGUGAUGUGUGCCUUCUGCAAGAGGUGAGAGACCUGGAUGGAAAAGCUAUGAAAGUGCUGAUUUCCUCACUCAACAGAUAUGAUGAGUUCAGUUAUAAAUAUGUGGCCAGUAAAGGCUUGGGUGCGGAAGGAGAUGAGCAGUAUGUGUUUGUAUACAGAACCAAAACUGCUAAAUUGGUGGACAAGUAUCAGUAUCCAGACACAAAGAAGGGAAGUGAAGAUGUCUUCAGUCGAGAACCUUUCAUAGUACAUUUUAAUUCAUCAAAGACAGAGGUGGGAGACUUUGUGCUGAUUCCACUGCGUGUCGAGCCACUAAAUGCCCUAAAAGAACUAGAUGCACUUUAUGAUGUCCUCACAGAGAUAAAGGAAAAAUGGAACGUGGAGAAUGUGCUGUUACUGGGUGACUUCCAUGCCGAUUGUGGAUAUGUGACAAGGGAGAGCAGAAGGGGCAACCGGCUAUUUUCAACCUUAGGCCUCUUUUGGUUGCUAAGGGAUGAUGCAGACACCACUGUCACAGACAUGACUGACUGUGCCUAUGAUCGCUUUGUGGUGCAUGGAGAGAAGUUCCUGAGAGCUAUCGAGCCGCUCUCUGCUCGUGUGUUCAACUUCAGAAAGAAGUACAAAAUCAAAAGUGCUGAAGUACUCAAGAUUAGCGACCACUACCCAAUUGAAGUGCUCUUAAAGGAGAAGUCAUCAGCCCAACAGUCAUCAGCCCAACAGCAGGCCUUGCUGCAGCCAUUUCUUCUCGUUCUCCCUCUCAUUGCCAUGGCGCUAUCUACUCUGCCUGAAUCCACAACAUAAGCCAAUGAUAGAUUAAUGUACAGUGUGAAUAUGUAAAAUCAAUAAUGGCCUCAGGCAUUAAUAGACAUGCAAAGACCAUAUAAUUAGUUGGCAGUUUUGGGAGUUGAAAAGACACUUUUCAUGUCAUGAAUGGCCUCUUAUGAUCAUUUUUACUCUCAUGUAAACAUUUUUGAACAAUUGAGGACUGUUUUGUCUCAUGAGGUCUCAUUUAUACAGUGGAAGUAGUCUUUACAAGUAAAAGUCCUGGAUGAAAAAUCCUUCUUAAGUAAAAGUACAUAACUAUUGGCAGCAAAAUGUAUUAAAGUAAAAGUAUUUGGUUGGUAUCU